AUGUUCCACUAUAACCACACCUACAGCAACGUGCCCCCACAACCCUCUUCAUUCCCUCGCCAGUUACCGUAUGUGUCAACGACCUUGAAGAUGCUUUACGACGAGAUUCCCCCGCGCAUUCACUUCUGCGCUAUGUGUGGCGGCCCCUUGUCCGCCGAUAUCGACGUGAAUGUCGAUCGCUGCCUCAAGGAUGAGAAAGAAGAGAAGUGGCACUGGGAGGGUAUAAAUGCUUAUCGUAAUAAUAAUGACAGCGGUACCGCUGCUUCUGACGAGGAUACCAUUAACAAUGUCCCCAGUAAAUGGUUUGAGCGAUUCCGUGGGAUUGUGGUAAAGAAUCACAAUGACUGGGCAUUUAGCGCCCCGGACUUGGAUUCGGACGACGAGGAGUUCAGCGAGGAGGAGGACUCGGAGAUGGGAGACAUCAGUGAGCAUGAUGGUGUUUUGGCGCCUUCUGCAACAACUGAAAACGAUGGAGGCGACACGAGCAGUCCCCCACCUUCAGGAUCCUUUACGCCAGUUCCUCCGAGAAGACAGCGAAAUCGCCGUACAUUUAGCGGCAUCUCUACUCGUCUCACUGGCGUGGGGUACGUUUCUGAGUCCGAGUCCGAGUUUGGCGUCUUACCGCAUCCCUAUGCGGCGUCAGUCUCGCCCGACAAUGAUGACGGGAGCGAGGAGGAGUACCAGUUUUACACGGCGGUUAACGACAAUGCUGAGAGAGGCAUUGAGAUGAUACCAGUGCAUGAACUCUGCUGGGAGAUGUUUAUGAAAGCCGUGCGGUAUUGGUGCGAGGACGCGGGAGUCAAGCUAUAUGAUGGGACAAAAUGGUGGCUUUCGAGUGAUGUGGUGUGGAGGUUUUUCACCGUAGGGUAUUGGGAUAGUGCGGUCGAUGAGAGAUUGCAGAUGGUGAGGUGGGCAUACGGUAAAAGAAUUGUCGAGAAUCAUCAGAUGGGCAGAUGGGAGGUCAGGAAGGGUGAAGGUUGGUGGUUAAGUGAACCCUCUGACCAACCCGUAUGGCGGUGCCUUGCCCAUGCUCCAAAUAUCGCAGUACUCCCUACACAUCCCACGGCACCCUUGUCCCAGCUGACCCCCUCCUCAUGCCCGCCCUCUCUUACUUCACCUAUUCACUAUCCCCCAUUCUCUAAUGACAUCUUCAACACCCUCCCCGCCGAUAUUGCACUCCAUAUCUUUACCUUCCUCCCUUCCCGGGAUAUAUGUAGCCUCCGCGUUGCCUCUCGUCCAAUGUCCGCUGUGCACCUACCCCAAUCCCUUUUCCGUCGCGUCCUUAACACCGAGUACCGCUUCUCAGGAAGCACCCUUGCGCCGUUUCUAAGUGGCACUACCCGCUACAGUGUCGAUUGGAGGGCGGUGUUAAUAAGCCUUAACAGAGCCCUUAGAAUCCCGGGGCCAUUCAAAAACCUAAAACGUAUCUACGGGAUUAUAGAGUGUUUGACGGAGGAGCUCUGCGAGACUGCGCCACGAACGCUGAGAGAGCUCAGGAAGAACGAGGUGGACUGGGAAAAGUUCACGUUUACUCUCCAUGACGGAGGUUUAGUCAGAGGUUACGAUGUACAGGACAGCAUAGCAGAAACCGCGUUAUUUGGAGACAAUGGCGUUACCAGGAUCAAUGUGUAUACGAACCCCAGCACAGGGCGUAUGACAGGUCUCUCGUUUCUCGGCGAAACACCUGGGUCUGAGCGCCGGUUCGGACUUGCGGCUGGGCUACACAGCGAAAUCACGAACUUCGAUAAGAUUUUGGGGUUCAUAGUAGCGCUGGGCACGGGAAGCUGCAUUAUGGGGAUUCAGUUCCUGCUUAUGAUUGACGGCGCAACCGUACGCACUGAGUAUUUCGGACUCCCGCCAGACUUUGAAAGUGGCGAGACUGGGGUAGGCUAUUACAAACUCGUGAUCCCGCGGAUGUUUCGUCAAGAGCACUUAGUGGGCAUUACCGGGCUAUGUGAUCAACAUGGGAUCCGGGCGAUUGGGCUGCUUGCGCCACUCAAGGUCCUACAGGAUGAAUAUCUCCCGCUGACUGAUCAUAUGAUCACGGACAUGCCUUCGUCGUCUGCCGCAGUCUAUGAUGAGACUCCGAUGGUAAGGACUUAUACCGGCGGCGAUGAUGAUCAUAAACCUGUUACUGGACCCUGGCGGACUCUCGAUGUGCCGGAAGGACUUAUUAGCAGUGUGGGCAAUGACUGCGACAUUGCAUUUGCAGGACGAGUAGCAGGGGAUGUUGUGCCCUUUCAGGGGGUAGUAAAAGUGAGCGGAUGGUGGGACGACGAUGGACUCAGAGGAUUACUACUCCGGCGCCAUAACCAAGAGGACAUCAGCAUAGGAGAACAGUCCGGCGAGUUUUCCGAACAUUUCCCACUAGACUUCGAUAACGAAGAAAUGAUUGAAGGGACAAUCGUCACAGGCGGCUUGCGAGAAGGAGCUACAUCUAUUGCGUUUGUAACAAAUCUCGGCCGUUGCAGCGAAUUCUUUGGGCCCAAGUUCAUAGGUUGCCCAACCCACUUCGUACCUGGCCGUGGACCUUUAGCUCGAGUGGAGGACCGAGUGGUCAGCGCCCUCCACUAUGCAUACUCUAACGAAAAUAAACGGUUCACUCGUCUUGGUGUCGUUGCGGCCAUACCAGCGGUUAAGGCGUUUGGAAAGGGCAAAGGUAAAGAGGCAGUCGAUAUGGCUGCACAUCGCGAACAUCGCGAGUUGAUGUUGAAGUCCGCACAAACGAUUCUCCCCUUCGAGUCGCGCGACGCACAAGGAAACCUAUGGGAGGAUGUCAUGCCGAGCGCCAACGAGUUUGUUAUCGAGAAAGAUAAGAACAGGCCAGACAUGAUUGACGGAGGGUGGAUCACAUGGUGUGGGACCGUGUGGACGCAGAAGGCACUUCGGCGGAUCGAGAUAUGGGGCGAGGUUAGAGGUGUACGGUUCACAUUUAUCGACGGCACCACGAAGGGCUUUGGGCUCCUAGGAAGGGGCGAUAAAGUUAAAAUUUUCGAGUUCCAUGAGCCUGAAGGACGAUGGCUAGUUAGCUGCUCGUGGGGUAAAGUGAAGGCAAAGACUAGUUGGGCGGGAGAGCAUGGUUCGAGAAAGCGGGGUGAUGCGGACUAUCGAGAUGAAGAAGACUUGGACGAUGAUGAUUGGGACUGUACAGAAGUUACAGAGAUGAAAUUUCGCACUCGAGUUGCGCAGGGAAAUAAGCCGAAAACACUCCCGGCCGGGUACAAGAUCAACCACACUGUAACCUCUAUUCGUGGUUUAGCAGCAAUCUUUAGCCUGCCCUAUGCGCCACAGUACCUCCAGAAACUACCCAGGCCAAAGGUUGUUUAUAGGUCGGGCAACAAGCACCCAACACACCCGCUCUACCCAAAUAGCACAACAAUUGCGACCCCGCCUAUCCCAUUCCUUCGAAAAUACGAAUACGAAUUCUUUGACGGGGACAAUGGUGAGAAGUUAGAGGCCAUAAUAGCAUAUAUGGGCGUUGGCGCCUGGAAACCUUUCAAAGGUCUACGAUUCCGCCGAGAAGGCUCCGGCUGGGGUGACGUUUUCGGCGAAGUCGGCGAAACCAUGGCCAUAUUUGAGCUCGAGGGAGGCCGAAUAGAGCGGGCAUUUUACCGGAUGGGACUCGGGCCCUGGCUCGACGCCGUCGCCUUUGCAACAGCCACAAAGGCAAGCCCGUACUUUGGCAAAGAGCGCCGCGGAGCCGAAUACGAAAUCCCCAUGAACGAAAACUGGAUUCCGAUAGGAGUCUACAGCAUCAGGACUCAGGUAACUCACGUCUUGGGGAACUAUGGCCCGGAAGGUUAUAUUGACCACGUCAAGAAUCAGUUUGGACUAUUUUGUCGCGCAGCACAACCAGGAGACGAACUUAUCCAGGCCACACCGCUGGGGGAGCCAUCGUCGGAGCCAAUCACAGAGUUUUUCCAGCCUUCUUGCUCGGAGACUGGGAGGUUAUGGCGGAGCGAUGUACUCUCGUUGCCGCGGAACAGCCGUAUGGCACCUCUCAUUAGAAGCUCUCACUUCAAGGCCGCUCUGCAGAUUGAGGGAGGCAGCAUUGAUGAGCUCAGUGAAUACGCAUUCCUCGAUGUUGAACAUAAACGAACGUUCGCCCUCUUUGACCCGGAGAGGCUAAAAAGAAUCUAUGUGUCCUGGCGAUAUACCACGCUGCCCGUCUGCGGGAGGAAGGUCGCCGCCAUCUGCCAUGUCAAGUUCCGCGACUUUGAAAAAAUGGACGAGAUCCUGAUCGGAGAUCCGCCGCCGUACAUGAACGCCACGCGGAUCCGCUCCCUCACCCGGAACGGCGAGGACAGCGGCGCAAAGGGGUGGAAGGUCGAAAGGAUUGACAUCGACGGGCUCGGCGGCGAACGGAUCACACAGGUGCGGUAUGUGUUUAAUCCCUGGCUGUGCGCGAUACAAUUGAAGACGAGCUUUGGGCGACAUAUCUUCUUGGGACUGGCUCCGGAAGACUGGGAGAAUGAGCCUUACUACGAUACGCAUGUAGUUGAUGUGCAGGAUGGAGAGGAGAUUACCGGGAUGCAUGUAGACACCACUUGGAUCGUGGAUAGAGCGGAGGAGAAAUACUGCGAUAAGAUUGGGGUUAUCUUCAGGCCGUGUGUUGAGGUCUGA